AUGAACAGGACCGAUGAUGAUCCCGAAGAAAAUGACCGCGAGGUGCUUGGGAGCCACGGGAGCCACGCCCGCGCCCACGGUGCUGAUGAUCCCGACGACCGUCUGAGCCAGGUUAGUGUCAGGUCGAGCGCCUCGCAGGAGAGGCAAGUCGAGGCCCAAGUCCAAUUGGCCAAAAGACAGGCCGAGGCCUUAAGUGUCCUCGAGCUCGAGGUCCUGGAGAAAGAGCUGGCUGACUUGGAUGCUCGGAGAAAGAAGCUCUUGUUGAAAAGAGAGAUGGACAGUCUCUCCGCCGAAAUCCAAGCCAGGAAACAGAUUGACGAAGAAGAUCGCCGAUUGCAUGACGAUUUGUUACGAGUGCAUCCGAUUCGCUCCAACCCUUGGGCUCCUGACGCGGCCCCACCCCCACCAGUUGUGGCACACGACCAUGGCUCUACCCGUGGGGACACAGCGUUGUUGGUGGAAAUGAUGAGACGCCAAACUGCUUUCAGUUCCAAGAUAACCUCAUUUACUGGCGAUCCCUUGUACUUCAAUUAUUUUAUGAGGCAGGUGGAAGAUGUGAUCGAGCAACACUUGUCUGAUGGACGCACCCGAUUAAUCCGUUUGUUGGAAGUCGUCGAGGGUGACCCUAAGAGGUUAAUUGAAGGCUGUCUGUUUGUGGAUGAUCAAGUGUGCUAUGACGAAGCCAAGCGUCUAUUGAAACGGCGCUAUGGGAACGACAUCUACAUUGCCAAUAAAUUCAUGGAAGAGCUAAGAAAUUGGCCACAAGUAAAGGACAAUUGCGUAAAAGGCCUUCAAGACAUCUACUCUGCCAUGAUUCGUUGUUCCUCGAUAGUUGUUGAUUCAGAGCUCAAUUCACCAAGAUUCAUCGGCGAGCUUUUGCAGAAGUUUUCCUACCAUGUAAGAAAUUCGUGGCGUACCAUUGUGCUAAGAAGUAGACGAGAUCCAGGCAGCCGAGAAACCUUCCAGCUCUUUGUGAGAUUUGUGGAAGACCUCUUGGAUAAGGCUAGCGACCCCAUCUAUGGAGAAGAAGCCAUAAAGGCCGCCGGAUCUUGUCCAAAAUCGCCUCCAGAAAGGGAUUCCGGACCAAAGAAGAUAGGGUUUCCAAGAAGAAUGACAAGUUUGGUUACUUCGACAAGCGCCAAUAUGGGGGUUUGCUUGGAAUGUGGGGCUAAUCAUGACGUUGAGAAGUGUCCCAAAUACUUGAACAGAUCUAAAGAAAGUAAACAGAAUAUGAUCAAAGAGAAGGGCGCGUGCUUCGGUUGUCUGAGUGUUGGCCACUUUUCCAAGAAGUGCUCUCAACGGCGCAUUUGCAAGACAUGUGAAAGGCAACACCCAACAUCGCUUCACGUUGAGAAAGAGAAAGAUAAUGAAGUCCGUAUCGAGUCCGAUAUGGUCAACGUUAGAGCCAUUGGAUUGAAGGGAGCGGUCGUCGCCAUGAGCGUCGUUCGUGUUGUUGUUUCUCAUUCGGAUGAUCCGGCCAAACAGAUUGAAGGUCUGGCUCUCCUCGAUCCACUUAGCUCAGGGACAUUUGCGACUGUUGCUCUCCAAAGGGCCCUUGAAAUAUCCGGCCCAACAACCAAGAUUGCUAUCCACACCGUCAGUGGGGAAGAAACCGUAGAGACAACCGUACUGACUGGCCUUUGCGUCCAAGAUCCUGAUCGGGGUGAGAAAGUGGAUUUGAGAAACGUGUUUACGCGAAAAUCAAUUCCCUUACAGCCGAACGAGAUUGCUUCUCCAAGAUUACUCGAAAGAUGGACCGCCUUUGAAGGGCUGAGGCCCGAAAUUGCCCGACUAGAUCCUCAGCUACCCGUCAUCUUGUUAAUUGGCGCCGACACACCCGAUGCUCUCCGACCCUUGAACGUUAUCAUAGGAGAUCAGUCCGACCCGCUCUCACCCUACGCCAUCAAAAUGAAAUUGGGGUGGUCGGUAAUGGGUCCAAUGGGCGGAGAUGCGAGUGAGAGAAGAGUUACCUGCAAUCGAACCCUUGCUCUUCCAAAUAGGAUUGUUGGAAGGGAAGUCUUGAAAGAUCUCGGGGUUGCCGAGAUGCUUUCCAGCCUGGUGGAUUCGGACUUUACUAUGCCUAAGCUCCCACCCUCGCUCGUAACGAUAGGUAUGGACGACUCCAUGUCUGGAGACGACUUGAAAUUUAUUGAAAUUUUGGAGCAAGGGACCAGAUACAAGAAUGGAGCUGAUGAGGUCCCCCUCCCAAUUAGAAAUCGACCAUUGGUGUUACCUGAGAGCAGGAUGGUGGCCUUAAAGCGUGUUACUGCUAUUGUGAGGACGCUCCAGGGCAAUCAGUCUUCCAAAAGAGACUACUUUGAAUUCAUGAGUGAGUUGAUCCGACAUGAAUAUGCUCGAGAGGUGAGUCCAGCUAAGCUGAAGAAUACGCCCAUGGGCAUGUGCCACUACAUACCCCAUCAUGCUGUCUAUCACCCCCAAAAACAGAAGAUUCGGGUGGUUUUCAAUUGCGCUAACCAAGUGGGUGGUCGCCCCAUCAAUGACGAACUUCUUACUGGACCCGACCUGACCAAUCAACUUGUUGGUGUUUUGUUACGCUUCCGGAAAGAACCCGUUGCUUUUGCCGGAGACAUUGAAAAAAUGUUUUAUCGGGUUCACGUGCCGGAAGAAGACAUGAAUUAUUUGCGGUUCUUCUGGUUCAAGAAUAACAACGAAACGGAAGAUUUUGUAGAGUACGAGAUGACUCGUCAUUUGUUCGGGGGUCGUAGUUCCCCAAGUUGCGCGAAUUAUGCUCUUCGACGAACGGCUGCGGAUCACGGGUCGAAGUUCAGCAAAAGUGCUGUUGACACCGUCAACAGGAACUUCUAUGUCGAUGAUUGCCUCAAGAGCGUCGCCACAGUUGAGGAAGCAGUGAACCUUACUAAUGAAGUCAAGGAGCUUUGGGCCAAUCGAGAGUUACAAGAGGCUCUGAAUGAGAUGAAUGAAGAGGCCGUAGCCGCGUUUUUGAAUGAAAGAGGCUCCGAUUACGAGGGCUGGAAGCGCAAUCCCCCAGCUGCAUCCAACUUUGGAGGUGUCUGGGAACGCCAGAUCAAGUCCAUCCGUGCGAUCCUUUCGUCCCUCAUGAAGCAUCAUGGUCUCAUCUUGAACGACGAAACCUUCAGAACUUUAUUGUGCGAGAUAGAAGGAAUCAUUAAUUCCAGACCGCUAACCGUGGAGAAUCUGAGCGACCCAAUGAGUCCUUUGCCGUUAAGUCCUGCAAUGCUCUUGACCCAAAAGACAAAGGUAAUCUUGCCACCGCCUGGAUCAUUUGUCAAAAACGACGUGUUUUGCCGAAGACAUUGGCGACGAACCCAAUACCUGGCAGAUCAGUUCUGGACCCGAUUCCGGAGAGAAUAUCUAGAGUCCCUUCAACCAAGAUCGAAAUGGAUCAGGGGUCAGGAAAAUCUGGAGGUUGGGGAUAUCGUCAUCCUCAAAGAUGAUAACACUCCACGAAACCUGUGGAAACUCGCUAGGGUCAUCGAGACUUAUCCGGACCAGGAAGGAAUUGUUCGUAGUGCUCGUGUUUGUGUUGGUGAUCGAAAUGCGAAAGAUCUGAAGACGUUCUCAAAGUCAGAAUUUCAUCGCCCGGUAAACAAGCUCAUCUUACUCCAACGAGCACAACACCUCAAAGGGUUGGAGUUGAUCCAAACGAUUCACCAAGAAGAUUCUUAG